GAUAAGAGAGAUAUUUUUCCUAUUUUUAAACGUGCUUUCGUCUUUAAAACGCCUCGUUAUCAUUCGGAUAAGAGACAUGCUUACAUGAAACAGACCAAACACCAAUUUAUUUUAAUGGCAAUCGGGGUUAGCAUUUGUUAGCUUGCUAACGUAGAACACCUUUGGAUCAGCGCAGGUAUGAAGCGCGCAGGAAGGAGACGCAGCUCCGUGUGGGACUGCUUCAAACAAGUCGGAAACUACGUCCACUGCAUGAAAUGUGACACUACAUUUAAGUAUUGCGGCGGAGCCACCACCACCAUGAUGGGCCACGUGAGCAGGCAUCAUCCCAACACGUCGCCGUUAGAUGAGGACGAGAAACCGGUCAUAUGUACAGUUCAGUGUAUCGAGGAGGAGUGUGUUUCUAAUUCGGACAUCAUGCAGGUUUCUCCCCUCACACCUAGCACGGCCCCAGCCAGUCAUGAUCGGGACUAUGUAGAGAGGAAACGCCUGAGGCGAAGCUCUGUUUGGGACAUUUUUAUCAAAGUGGACGACGAGGUCCACUGCACAAUGUGCGACACGAAACUGAAAUACAGGAGCAGCACCACCACCAUGAUGUACCACAUUAAAAACAAGCAUCCGGACGCCAUACCCAAUGACGGUGUGUCUCUGGCAACACACGCAGAGGUGACUGAACUGAUCUCCAGAAUGAUAGAAAAGGACAUGCUGCCCAUCACUGUGGUUAAUGGUGAUGGUUUCCGUGAGCUUCUGGCAUACACAGUGCAGAAUUAUAAAAUGCCAUCUGCUGCCGAUAUCACACGCAUUAUUGAAGGCCAUUUACAGGAGAAGAUGGAGGAGCUUGCCUUGCAGCUGAACAAAGCCGAGAAGGUGGCUCUCACAGCUGAUUUCUGGACAGCCCUCCCAUUUCAGGGGUACAUCACAGUCUCCUGUUCGUUCAUUACAGAUGACUGGCAGGGGAAGUCGGCUGUGCUGCAGACACACAAGCUUCCAUCAGACAACCGCAUUACUACAGACAGUGUCAAAGAGAAGCUUCUCAGCACUGUGCAGAUGUGGGGUAUUUGUGGUAAAGUUACUGCAUGUGUUCAUAAUCACACGGAGGACAUUUUCUCAGCCCAAGGGUGUGCCCGUAUCACCUGGAACUACGCCACUUGCUUUGCCACUACGCUGCAGGUAGCGGUUAGCGAUGGGCUGAGUGAAGAACUGGUCCGCAUCGUCGUAGCUGCAGGGAAACUAGUCAGGCAUUUCAAUCACAACAAGCUGGCCAGUGAGGCAUUGGAACACAAGCAAGUUCAGAUGUGCCUGCCGAGGCACAAGCUUAUUCAGUCAACCAAGGCGAGGUGGGACACUAUCUGCGACAUGUUUGAGCGCUUACUUGAGCAACGGUGGGCAAUCAAAGCUGUGCUAUCCGAUCGCGCAGUCACCAACAGACAGGAAGCCCACAAUCUCGAGAUUGAAGAUGAUUACUGGCAAAUAAUUGAGAACUUCACACCUGUGCUGGCAACACUGAAAUGGGCAACAACAGUCAUAUCUGCUGAAACAGAAGUGUCCAUUUCAAACAUCUACCCAAUCACGUUCAGCUUAAUUCAGACUCACCUUGUGCCCAAAGAGAACGACAUCGAACAAGUCUCAGAGUUCAAGCUCAAAGUUCAGAAGUCACUCAGAAAUCAAAUGGAGGUUGACUCCAAUGACCUGGCUUCAAAAACGGCUCUGAUUGCCUCAAUGCUGGACCCUCGUCACAAACAUCUCAGCUUCCUGACGCCAGCGGGGAGGCUGGCUGCUAAGGUUAAACUACAUGAACUAGUUUCAAAAUUAGACGUGAUAACGACUGCUGUGGCCAUGAAGGACGAACAACAGGAGACCCUGGUCACACCUGAUAUCAGCCAGGUGGCUAUGCCUUCACAAGCGAGAUGUGAUACCAAAAACACCAUGGUCUUGUUGCUAGGAGACAACUACAGCUCCUCCUACGCCACUGACUCUGAGGCUCAGGUGGAUUACUACUUGAGGGACAUUGCUCCUUCACUAGACAUCAACCCCCUUGAGUGGUGGAGGUUAAAUGGACCAAGGUUCCCCAAACUUGCCACUCUAGCCAGACAUUAUUUGUGCGUACCUGGGGUGUCGCUGCCGUCUUUAUUAUCGGAACCUGGACAAACAUUUGCAACAAUGCGUACAAGACUGAGCCCGGAGUGUGUUGACAUGAUGAUCUUUGUGAACAGAAAUGCACAUUUUGCACCAUAAUCCCUACAUGAUGGAAAUGAAUAGAUGCCGAUGUAUUGUACUCGCUGGUGUGAACAGUGCUAUAAACUAACAUUUAUUUAAUUUACAUAACAGUUACUCUAAGCUAAUGUUGGUAAUACCAAACAAAAACCCAGCUCACUGAACUUAAUGGCUGACGCUAAAACGGUGAGUCAGAUGUAAAAUUACGUCUGCUAUAUUGUAGUUGACAUGUAGUGACUACAAAAUCUUGAGACAUUGGAUGUCUGGAGGAGGAAGCUAACCAUGUCAAGUGUCAGUGUUUCAUUUACCUCAACACUGGCAUUUUGUUUUUGUACUGUAUGUUUUCAAUAGAAGUUAGUGUUAGUCUGCAGGUCAGAACAAUAACUAAUGGAAAAAAAGUGGAAUAUGUAGCAUACUGGAUAUAUGUACUAGCAAUACAGCUUGAAACUUACCUACCACACUAACCACCGUAUAACUACCAGUACCGAUGUCAUUUGUGUUGUGUUCUGAGUAAGCCGAGCCAAAAUAAAGUACGUACAGUUGUA